GGGGAGCAGUUGACAUGGGGUAGCCCCCCAUCCCCUAUCCCGGCAGACGCCAGGUAAGUUGUCAAACUGUUCUUGAACAGACACUCCUGGCACCAUAUCCACUACAGAGUGCAUUGUGCCUGGAUUGCUUCUUUAGAUCUACUAGUGCCCCUCCUGAGAUUAGGUUCUGGAUCCGCCCCUGACCAGGAAACAUUUCUGCAGAACAGAGGCCCAGUAUUUGCUGCAGCGCUGUACAUAUAUACAACCUAGAGAUUUGUUUUGACUUGGGGCACCUUGGAAAAAUGUUGAAAUAUUAAGGGUGCCUUAAACCUAGAAAGUUUGGGAACCACUGGUUUUAAGUGCUGUGCUGCUAAACAUUUAUCAAAAUACAAACUACAUCUUAUAAAUUAAUGACUACAGUUCAUUAUUUUCAACUUGAAACAGCCACAUUGUAAGGCUUCUUCAAACAACAGAUUUUUAUUUUUUUUAGUGUGUUAUUUGUCUAGAAUUUGCCAUUCCUGACAAUUCACAUUUUAUUAAGUAGUCUUUAAAGGAACACUAUAGCGUUAGGAAUACAAAUAUGGAUUCCUAACGCUAUAGAGUGGGUCCCGUUCCACGGCGAAUAAAUGGUUAAUUAAUCAUUUACUUGCUUACCUUAAUCCAGUACCGGGCUUCCUCAGCACUGGUGACCUCUUCUACUCCAUUGGUGUCAGCUUCAGAGUGGAGCUGAGUGCGCAUGUGUGGCCCAAGGUCGCGCAUGCAUUCAAACCCGCCCAUAGGAAAGCAUUACUCAAUGCUUUCCAAUGGGGAUCUUGUUUGACGCUGGACUCCAUGAGGACGUCCAGCAUCAAGUAUGUGCGAUUUACUCUGUAAAUCGCGGAAGUGGCCUUUAGUGGCGGUCAGGGAGACAGCUACUAGGGGCUGGAUUAACCCUGCAGUGUAAACAUAGCAGUUUCUCUGAAACUGCUAUAUUUACAUCUGAAGGGUUAAAACCUGGGGGACCUAGCACCCAGACCACUUCACUUAGCUGAAGCGGUCUGGGUACCUACCUAUAAUAGUCCUUUAAAAUGCUUAGCAGCUGACAAUAUACUACCAGAAUAAUGCACAUAAAGAACACGUAGUUUAGAGGUACUAAGAAGGGAUCUCAAAGGCCUUGCCUUCACUCCUGCAGCCCACAAGCACAUAGUCCUGAAAUGUGUCCAGGAAUCCAUUGUGGAUCUGGCUGUUCUAACAGGAAGUUUGUAUCUGGUUUGAGGAGUUUUAAGUCAACGCCUUUAGUUAGGGAGCCAACCAAUAGUCAUAUAUCAUGAGCUUGAUGGAUCAGAGGAGGUUGCUUGGUGGUUAGACUUGCUAAUUGCACAUUAAUUGGGCGAAUCCUGAAAUCAUGGCAUGGAGUUAAACCUCAGGGCUAGGGUUCACACACCCUAUGUACACUUUCCUUAUCUUAUCUAUGCUAGCCUGGUUUUGUGAAGUCCAGGCCUAUAGAUCCAUCACCAAGCCAUGUCUUAUUGAUGUCACAGCUUUACUGAGUUACUAAUUGCUCCACCUGUGCUCAAACUGAGGGGAUUUAUAGCGGUGCGUGUGGAACAUUUGGAGUAGUACCUGUCUGAUUCAAGUAUGGAAACCUUAUGUUCACCCCUUGAAAUAUUGUCCUGUUCACAGGGCUUGAAAUACAAACAGGACUUUAAUGCGUGGAAUGACUAUUUGGGGCUUUCUGCUCUGAUCCGUGGACUACAGCACUCCGGAGUAAGAGGAGAAAGCCACCUUUACCGGCCAUUGGUUGAGUUUCCUCCAAAGAAGCCAGUUAUGACUGAGAUGCAAGGUUGUGGCUUCUGCAGAAACAACCGUGAGGCAGCAGAGAUUUAUAGCAACCAUCGCCUGAAAGGGACAGAUGGAAGGAUCCUAUGCCCUAUCCUGAGGUGCUAUACCUGUCCUCUCUGUGGUGCUAAUGGGGACAACGCGCACACCCUGAGGUACUGCCCAAUGACAUUAUCUGUGGCUGGAAUGAGGCGCUGGAAUGGCCUCCAAGACCUCCGUGGCUGGAAUAACCUCGGGCCUUUUGUGACUUUAAUAAAGAGCAAAAAUAAGCAAACUGUUCAGAAAUGUUUUCUAAACAAAAACAUGUAAUCCCCUCAUAUUGCGGUGGACUUUGGGGCAACAGACUCAACUCUUAUUUAUUUUUUAAAAAAUCACUUCAAUAUUUUUCUAGGAACUAAUCCUGUCUAGAACAGCCAUCACCCCACAUUGAAAGGUUUUGGUAUUCGUCACCUCAUUUCACAAAGUCGUGUGUUUGUUUUGUUUUUUUGUGUGGACACGGCCCUCAGUGACUUUUCACGUUUGACACCCUUGUUUAAGGUUUAUAUUUUAACGCAAAUCUUAAGUGCUCCUGGCAAUCCCUUUUACUUGAACACUGGUUUAUUUUGUUUAGCAGUCACUUCUUUCACUCAAAACUUCACUGAGUUAUUCACAACCAAAUGACUUGUUUGGAAUUCAAAGUACAGUUCAGUUGUCCACUAGAAUAGCUGUAUGGAAAACGGACUUGGAGAAACCCUCAGCUGUUCCAGACUAACCCUUGAUUUACACUGAAUUCGCUUUCAUUUCUGCAACGUUCCUGGAUCAUUUUCUAUGAUUUUUAACGUAUCAUUCAAGCUUUAACUGUAUUUUACUUGUGGGUAUUAGUUCUGUUAUGUACUAAAAUAACAGGGUGGCUUUAAGUUAAAUAUCUAAUUUACAGAGGGCAAUGAAGUCCAUUCCCAGUGACCUGGUUAUCGAACUCUGCAAGUUCAUUUUAAGUCUUAGGGGUUAUUUACUAAAGAAUUACAAAUUUACGGUCCAAGUACCCCAACCAAAAGCAGGGAUAAUAUUUCCAGAUUUAUUUGUUUUGGUUUUUUGAACUUUUCAGAGCUUUAUUUUUAAAUUGUUUAACUUUUUUGCCUUUAAUAAAACUUUAACCAAUCAUUAGCUAUUCACAAACCAUGUGUAAAUCUGCAGUUUGAUUAAUCUAGGCUAUAUUUUUUUUUUUUUUUUUGGAACUCGUUUGACAUUUAAAUAGAUGGCUACUUAAUAGUUUUCGUUUUUUAUUUUAGACCAACAAGAUUAACUUAAUAUGCAAACUACACUCGUGGAAAUCUAGCUGGGAUCACAACGCCACGAUUACCAGUUUAAGAUUUUGGCUGUAACUUGUCAUUUGGACGCUGAGUCCAGUCUUGGCUUAUGUGUAUUUCGUAUUAAU